UGCACACAACUUGCAAUCCAUCAGCUAAUAUUAUAUAUAUAUACAUAUAUAGUGAGGGAGGCAGAUAUAUCAUAUCUUAUAAACAUCUGAAUACGAAUAAGCAGAUAACUGUAAUAAACACACGGAGAAUAUGUAUGUACAUUCAUACAGUGUUCAAUUGAACUUGGCCUUUCCUCCGAGAGAGUUUAGUAGCAGUAAUCUUAGCUGAAAUUGUAGCAACUGGAAGUACCUAUGUAAAUGAAUAGCUCCUUUAAUAGUUAUCUAAAAACAGCGUGGUUCUAGAAAAUUUAUUAUAAACCAGAUAAAGAUAACCGAAAGAUGAUCGUUGGACAAUUGUGCUCCUCUUGGAGAAAGUGCUGCGAAGUUAAUUGUAUAACAACCUUCAAAUAAACAGAGAAAUGUAGGCUAGAUGAUUAUUUUCCUCGUCAAAGUUGUCAUGACAUGAACAAGUUAUUUUCACCAUUGAAAAAUUAGGAUUAUUGUCAUGGCGGGCUCGGCGUUGAGACGUCUUAUGGCUGAGUAUAAACAAUUAACCUUAAAUCCACCGGAGGGCAUUGUUGCAGGGCCAAUUAAUGAAGAGAAUUUUUUCGAGUGGGAAGCACUCAUUACAGGACCAGAAGGAACAUGUUUCGAGGGUGGUGUAUUCCCAGCAAAGUUGAUAUUUCCCCCAGAUUACCCCUUGAGUCCUCCAAAAAUGCAGUUCACUUGCGAAAUGUUCCAUCCCAAUAUUUACGCCGAUGGUCGAGUAUGCAUCAGCAUUUUGCAUGCCCCGGGUGAUGACCCCAUGGGCUACGAGAGUAGUGCAGAGAGGUGGAGUCCAGUUCAGAGUGUGGAAAAAAUUCUGCUCAGUGUCGUGAGCAUGCUAGCUGAGCCCAAUGACGAGAGUGGUGCCAACGUGGAUGCAGCCAAGAUGUGGCGAGAGGACAGAGCUGAGUUUGAAAAAAUAGCUCAGAAAUUGGUGCGCAAGACACUCGGCAUUCCGACAUAAAUUUUAUACCAACCAAGAUAUAUUAUAUAUAUAUAUUCAAUAUUAUAAAUUAUAUUUUUUUUUCUUCGCAAAACUGAUCAUAAGAUUUCAAUUUAUUUUUUUCUCUUAUUCCAUCUUCUGUAUUGAAUCUACCUGGUUAAUAAUGAAUAAAAAUUAAUUCUGCAGA